AUGAGCCAGCAGCAGCGGGCGCCGCGGCCUCUGUACUUCCCGUCCCUCUACGACCGCGCGGUGCCCAGCGCCGCCCCGCUGGCAGACUGCGGCCUCUGGCAGAAGCUCUUUGUGCCCCUGCGGGGGGGCGCGGCCGGGCCCCAUCGGCCCCCUCCCGGCCUGGGCCCCGCUCCUGCCGCCGCCGUCCGCAGCUGCCCGCGCCCCUGGCCGGCCGGGCUGGCCCCCAUCCCCUACGAACCGCUGCGCUUCUUCUGCCCCGCGGCCGACAGCGGCACCGCCCCGCGGGGCCCCGGGCAGCAGCAACCGGACGGGGAGCUCUGCGAGCUGGGCAUCCGCCUCAAGGAGCUGGAGCUGCUGGAGCUGACCGGGGACGGCUCCGACCCGCAGCAGUAUAAGCUUUUGAAGGCACUAAAAGAUGAAAAAGUUCAAGGCAUAAAGACAAGACAGAAUCUGAAAAAACAGACACCUACAUCAUCAUAA